AUGCCAAAAGGCAAAGCCAAGAGGCGUAACCCGCGACCGUACCACGGCUCUGCAGAGCCACGCGGCGGUACGCACAAAGUACGCGAUGAGAACAAGACCGACUCCGUCUACGACAACCUGAACUACAAAGAGCUAGUCGAAACAGCGAAAGAGCGUAGUAUCUACCGCAAGGACAUGAAGAAGGUUGAGAUGGCUUGGGCCUUGAAGCACAACGACGAGAAUAGAAAGCGUGCUGAACAGGACGCCCGUAUUGCUCGGCAAAGGAAGCUGGAGGAGGCAAAGAAGGAAGAGGAGAGAAAGGCUGCGGAGAAGAAGGCACAGCUCAUUGCCAAGCAAAAGAAAAGAAGAGAGAAAGAGGAGAGGAGAGAGCGUGACGAAAGCGUCAGUGACGACACUGUGAGUGAUCCCGACUCGGAAGACGACGAAGACGCAGGGAACGAGUACAACCGCGAGAGAUUCGGCGAGGCGCUCAGUGAGGAAUCGUGGGAUAGCAGUUCUUCAGAGUCUAGUGCUGCAUCAGUAAACCAGAUCUACGAGCCUGGUCGCAGACUCCGCCUUUUCGAAUGGCCCAACCAAACUAUGCCAUCAGUCAAACCUGGAGGUUGGGAUUACAAAAGAUGGUGCCCGUUGCCCUUGCCUUGUCCUGUACCUUAUGCACCUCUCAAGAUUACAACGAUGUAUAGCAAGCAAAAGCUCAUACUGCCAGGAGCGAAGUACCCACCAGGCGUCCAUCCCGACUUCGUACCCAUCCUCAACCCCUUGGUCCGAUCCGCAGCGCGUAACGGCCAUCUCCUUGGCCCGCUCCGCAAAGCCAGCAUCGAGAGAGGGACGGAUUGGGCUCAACGUACGCUCAUCCAGGGAUGCAAUGGCCACAUGUACUUUCAUCUCGGAUCGCGAAACGAAACGAAAGUGCUAGCCGACACAUACAACAAGUGGUAUCUUGAAAACAGGAAACUACUCCGCGUCAAAGGGAAAGGCAAUGGCGAUCCUAGUGAUCGUGCUGCACGCCACGCGCAACGGCAGAGGAAUAAAGCCAAGAUGACGGCGGAGGUGUAUGAGGCGUCGCAGUAUCGGCCGUUGGCUAUGUGCUAUGUGCCUGCUUACCUGGAGUGUGGUGAGCCGGUUCAACAUGGUUUGGGGAAGAAGAGCUUGGAGAAUUUGUUCUUCGUUAGGUUUCCCGGGUGCGAUGUACCGCAUUAUUACUUCUGGGCGAGGGAGGGGGGGUGGGAUGAUCCUACGCUGGUGAAUCCUGCGUGGAGUGCGCAACAGUGGACAGACAAGGGUGCUGUGCGCAUGGAAGAGAAUGGGACCAGAGGAGAAGGAUCGAGGGAUGGUCGGCCUACUGAGACGCAGUUGGUGCGCGUCCGGAAAACCUCCGUUGACAUCCAUUCCUCUCCGCCUUUCUCGAAUCCAACAAACAUCACCGAGACCAUCGCACUCGUCGAGCACCAAAUCUACCGCGACGGCCUUUCCGGAACUCUCGCCCGCUACCGACAGAAGUGGACUGCAAAUGGGAAACAACGUGCCUGGCAGACCUUCGCCGCAGCGCUACCAAAGCUAUGGCCCAGCGGCGAGAUACCAAGCGUUCCACCCGUCCACAGCGAACCGGGAGUGAAACUGUCUGUCAAGCUGGCUACGCUCGAUUGCAUCAACGAAUAUGGCGAAACGCCGUUCAGUCCGUUAAAUGGGACUGAGGCGUGGACGAGAGAUGAUGGUAGGGUUUGGGAUGUGGUUGAGGUUGAGGGUGAUGAUGAGGAAGAACCUGUGUCACCUAUCGCCCCAACGGAAGAAGACGAGGAUGAAGCUGAGGCUAAGGAUGGAGAAGAAGAGACUGGUGCUUCUGGGGAAGACGACGGCAACGAAGCGGACCAUGAGGCGUUGUAUCGCCGUGAUAGCGCGAUUUCCGUUCUGGGUUUUACGAUGUCAUAUUCAGUUGUGGCAUGGCUAGAGCAAGUCGAUGGUGUUUCUGCAGUGUCGCCUACACUAAGCGAACCGCUUGAUAAAGAGACGGAGCUACGCGAGUGGGAGAAAAAGCACCUGCGGGGUAGCAACAACUCGGGCGGUAGUCUUGCGGUCGUCGACGGCUCCCGAGGUUGUACUCGAUCUGCUGUACACUAUAAAUAG